AUGAGAGCCAUCAUUCAACGUGUAAACUCUGCCAGUGUUUCUGUAUCCAAUCAACUCAUUAGUCAAAUUCAAAAAGGACUCAUGGUUCUCGUCGGAAUUGAAAGAUCCGACACUCAAGAAGAUAUGGAUUACAUUGUAAAAAAGAUAAUCAAUACCAAAGUUUGGGAUGAUGAAAAUAUGAAACCAUGGAAUGCAAGUGUAAAAGAUAAGGAUUAUGAAAUUCUCCUCGUUUCUCAAUUUACAUUGUAUCACAAAUUUAAAGGAAACAAAUUAGAUUUUCACACAGCCAUGAAAACCGAAGAUGCAAAAUAUUUCUUUUCACAAACAGUGAAACAAGUUCAAGAACAAUAUAAAGCUGAAAAAGUGAAAGAAGGAGCAUUUGGUGAAUAUAUGAAUGUGGCUUUGGAGAAUGAUGGACCUGUAACGAUUAUUGUAGAUUCGAGAAAUAGAAAUACUGUUUAA